AUAUAAAAGUCCUUCCGUGUCCCUCGUGUCCCAACAUGGUUGCCUUCACUGCAAUGACAUCAACUUGUUGUUAACCGGGUUAAAGCCGUGAAACGCGGACCACCUCUCUGCAGCCAUGCCUCGCUACGAGCUGGCUCUGAUCCUAAAGGCGAUGCAGCGACCGGAGACGGCGGCUACGCUGCGGCGGACGGUGGAGACCCUGAUGGAGCGUGGCGCGGUGGUGAGAAACCUGGAGAACCUGGGAGAGAGGCUGCUGCCUUACAAGAUGACAAAACACAAUCAGAGGCACAGUAGAGGGACUUACUUUCUGGUGGACUUCUACGCUGCUCCGAGCAUACUCGACAGCCUGCUGGACCACCUGCACCGUGACGUGGACGUGGUGAGACCCACAGUGUUGAAGAAGGAGGAGCAGGCCCCCAAAAGCAGCUGUUGUGGCCCCUCAUAAUAACUUAAUGCUUCAUCCAGACAGAACGAAGUGCUGCUUCCCUCACUGACUUGCCCGUAGCUGUUGGAUGUGAUAUAUGUAAUACAAUAAUAAACUACGUUUUACUGUAA